CUGUUAGUUAACCCAGUUACUGUGGAAAACUGCGCUAUUUAAACCUCACUGCUACUUAAAGUAACUGGACGGCAAGUACUAAAAAUGACUGGUUUCCGUCUGCAUUCAUGCUUUUGUUCUUUUAAUAGCCAAAACACGUGUAAUGCGUAUGUCAUAUUACUUCCGUGAGACGCUGACAAGUUAGCCACACCAGUGCUAAGAAUCACAAAGUGAAUCUUGAAUCUGAACUACAGAGGACAGUAAUGACCACAACCAACAACUGUACAGUUCUUAAAGAUGUCGUUGCCUAUGUUGAUGUGUGGUCAUCAGACAAAACAGCAAACUAUUCAAAACCAUUCGUUCAGCAGCUGCAGGAAAUGGGAGCUCAGGUAUCAAAAACAUUCAAUAAACAAGUCACACAUGUAGUCUUCAACAAUGGUCAUCUGGCUACAUGGAGGAAAGCCAAGAAAAGUGAUGUAAGGCUGGUCUCUGUUCUCUGGGUAGGCAGGUGUUACGACGACGGUGUGCGUGUGGAUGAGGAGUUGUAUCCAGCCUUAGAUGAAACCAAUCCAGUGUUGAAGAACAAGAAACAUCGUUGCAUGCAGCCAAAAGAUUCUCCAGAGAGGACACCUGAAAAUGACAGACGCAUGAAGAAAAAAUUAGACAAGAUGAUGAAAGACAUGGCACCAAAACAACCUCUAGUUACAGAUGUGUCGCCCAUCAUCAUUGAUGAAGAGAAUGGAAUAGUCUAUAGCCCUGCCUUGAAAAGAUCAGAUUACAUGGCACAGCGUUUGAAAGACAUGAAAGAGAAACGGGAAAACCUCUCACCCACAGCUUCACAAAUGGUUGAAUCCUGCUCACCCACUGGACGGAAACCUUCCCUUGGGAGCACUCCCACUGUCCUCAAAUUAAUGUAUGACCAGUCGGAUGAUGAUUCCAGUGCUUCUGUUGCUGAACCAGCUUACUCACCUGAUAAGGAAGAAGGGAGACCACAACGUGACGUUACUGACCAUGGCCAUCUUGAACAACUCCACAGCAAAGGCUCUGUGAAGCCCUGGCUGUCACCCUGCAGUGAUGUGCCAGAACAGAUUUCAAGUCCUUUGAAAUGUCCUGACUUCAGUGACAAAGAGGUCGAAGACAGGAAUAAUUCAAAAAAGUCAAGAAGGACCUCAGUCAGAAAAAAGCCAGCAGAGAAACACAAACCUGUAGGUUUAUUAGAAAGCCCUUGCCAGGAUUGGGGAUCUGACAACGGCAAGAACUUUCAUAAAGAAAAAAGGCGAUCAAAGAUAAAAUCAUCACCUAACAUAUCUGAAAAGGGAAAGCGAAAAGGUAAAGCAGCUAAAUCUUUUACAGCGACUGAGACCCAUUUUUUCCCAAAUGCUGUGAACUCUUCUCGUUGCUUCACGUCACUAGCCAAGGUAGUUGAUGCUACAGUUGAGCCGUCAAAACGAAUUUCUACUUCACCACAGAAAAUUGAAUGGAAAACACCCAAACGAGCCAGAACGUCACUUUCUAACUCGGUACGAUCUGUUACUCUAUCUGGUGACUUUAAAAGUGUUGCCUCAUGUUCCACUGAUGGAGAUGAAAAUGUGUUUGAGGACUAUUUCUCCCCAGCUAACUGCCACAAGAAAUCAAAAAGGCUUCUUUUGCCUAAUCUACCUGUGGAGAGAGACAUUCAGAUUCCUUUUGACUUGGGCUCUGGCCCUAACAAGAGAAAACAAAGAAGAAGUGAAAGCAUUGGAUCUGAAACUAACAGUACAAAGAGGAAGAAACUGGAAAAACAUCAGACAGGCAAAAGUCAGCAGUCUGAUGCAAGCAGUGAACCUCAAAGUCAUCCACAACAGGAUCUUAAAGAAUCUCUGCCUGCCGUGGCUAGUCAAAGUGCCAAUGCAACACUUGUGGCUAAGCAGCGAAGACAAAGCACCUUGCCGUUCACAUGCACUCGUACAACAAGUGGUGCAGUAAGACGGAGAGCAUCUGGAUCAGUACAAACAACAACAUUAACAGAGGCUAACACAGUAUUGGAGCUGCAGAAAAACACUGAUGUCAGUGUUCUUUCUGAUACCUUGGAAAGUAGAGGGAAUGAAUGUACAGUGACACCUGGUUUAACAGAGAUCCCCCCUGAAGACGAAGAACAUCACGAUAAACAAUUCAGCUUGAGUCUUCAGAAAAUGCUCAACACAACAAAGGCUAUGAGAACAUUGGUCAUGACAAGCAUGCCCACUGAGAAGCAGCAAAUAGUGGGUCAGGUGGUGAAAGCACUGGGUGGUUUUUCAAUCGUUGACCGAGUUUGUGAGAGCACAACUCAUGUGGUGUCUUGGGGUCACCGACGGACUCUAAAUAUUCUGUUGGGCAUAGCUCGUGGCUGCUGGAUCCUCUCUUUUGAAUGGAUUCUCUGGUGUUUGGAGCAAAGGCAGUGGAUUCCAGAGGAACCAUAUGAACUUUCAGAACAAUUUCCUGCAGCACAGAUCUGUCGUCUCCAGAGGCACCUGUCUGCCGGGGAGCACCAGCAGGACCUGUUCCAAAGCCAGCCCGCCAUGUUUGUGUCCCAGCACUCCCAGCCGCCCACUCAGAGUCUGGUGGAGCUGAUCCAGCUCUGUGGAGGAACAGUCUGCAAAACUGUGCGGCAGGCGGGUAUCUGCAUCGGGAAGUACAGAGGCAGGAGACCAGAGGGAAGCAGGAUCCUGUCUGAGCAGUGGGUGCUGGAUUGUAUCACACAUUUGAAGCAGCUGUCAUAUGAUAAGUAUGACUUGGAGUAAGAACUGAUUCAUAUUUUUCUUUUGGCUGUGAAGUUUAAUUUUACUAAUUCUAUACUGGAUGGUGCCUGGUCAUGUACCUUCAAUUCCUACCUUGCAGUGUUCUUCUUGUGCAGGUUUAUCAUCUUGCUUUGAAAAUGUAUUCAGAGGAUUUGCAUAAAUCGUCUCAGAUAUUCCCUUUGAAGGCUUUUAGUCCCUGGUUACCAUACAAACCUGUUACUUCUGAGAACUAUCAACCAUUUACUGUGAAACAUGGAAAACUGCUUUAACAUCCUUUAUUACUUGCAUUGUUUGUUUUUUUGUUUGUUUGUUUCAAGAAGUAUUAACCACUACUGCUUAACAGUGUUUUUCACAAGAAGAAAUGAGAUUGAGCCAGAUUAUUUUUAAUGUAUAACGAUGUGAUUUUAAAAACACUUGCUGAGCCAGCUUAACACUUUAUUGGAGAUAAUAUACUAUAUCCUUUUCAAAAUGUUUUGUCAUGUCAUUGUUAAUAAAUACUUU